CCGCGCUGGAUGACGUAGGCACGCAUAACGUUCGUUGGUGUAAGUAGGUUGCCAGGAAGAUUGUACGGGGCCUGUAGGCCGAACCCGCUAAGCUGUCUGUUUCAAGUGCCUGUUCGUGAUAGGUGGUUCGGCCGAUCUAGAAAGACUACCGUUAACGGAACUGACGCUGGGAAAGGGGCUUAUUGGAAGAGGCCGACAUGGUGCCGCACAAACAGAGCGUGUCAGAUAACAUGGACAAGAUCGACAUGUCGCUCGAUGAUAUUAUUAAAUUAAACAAGCAAGAACAAAAGAAAAUGCUAUUUAAUGGAAGGUCGCAAACCAGUCAAUAUCAGCAGUUCAGAAAUAACAGAGGAAGGUGGGGCGCUCAGCGUUAUUCAGGUAGCAACACAGUGUCACAAGGACUGAAGCGACAUACAUAUGGAGUUAAAACUGGACUGGCAAUGAGGAAGAUGGCAUCCUGGAAAGGACUUGGCUCCAUGAGCCGUCUUCCGCUCAGUGUAAGGAAUUCCUUGGGCCAGCGAUUGCCAGUAAGAAGGAGACUGAACCAUUUAAGGCCACUGGAUUAUGAGAAUAAGCCUGUAUCUUCUCUGCAAAGAAGUGGAUUCAGAGUGAACCAUCAGAGAGAAACACGGCAGGCCACAUUCUUCUUCAGCCGAGGAUUAAAGGUCCAGACAGAGAUGGAAAGAGAUCAACCUGCGCUAAACAGCACUCAUCCGUGGAGGACAUCCACAAACAGUGGAGGAAUCCUAACAGUUUCUAUUGAUAAUCCAACUGCUAUCCCCUUGCCCAGCUCUCUGGGGACAAGGCAGCUUCGACCUCAACUCCCUUUCCUGAUGAAGAAGGAAGGUGCAGAAACAAAGAUCCCUAAAGGUGUUCCUCUAGAUUUUGAUAUAAACAGUGUGGCGAAACAGACCGGAAUAACAUUGAAUGAGCGGUUCAAGAUCCUGAAGGAGCAAAGACUGUCCCAAGCGCUUGGCAAAGGCAGCAGAUUUGUCACAGUCGGAUGAGUUCAGUUCCAGGCUUUAUGCAUUUAUGUUCCUAUUUGUUUCUCCAUUUUGAAUUCAAAAAGUUGCAGGGACUAAAUGUAAAGUCACCUGCUCCAAGGUUUGGUUUUUGAGAGAGAGAGAGAAAAAAAGUGGAAAACUUUUUGUAUUGGUUUUUACUGUGAAAUCCACAUAAUGGACAAUUUACUUCUCGAAAGGUUACAAGAAAGGCUUGAACUUGUCCGGAUGCCAUUCUGUGUAAGAUCUUCUCUAGUGAGCCACACUACCUUUUAUGAGUACACUCAUAAACUUUUACUUUGCCCCCUCCUA